AACCGUUCGCGAGACUCACGCGCUCAGAGGUGAUUGAGAUGGUGAUUUCUCCUAAUAGAGAGGUAAACUAAAAUCUUAAAAACCCUAGAAAUCAGCGGAAAUGGCGUCGUCAAAGGUAAUGGCAUCUUCGAGUUCGGCCAAUUCGGAUCUGACACGGCAGCCUUCUAUGUAUCCGUUAACAGUCUCUGAGCUUCAGAACGAUCGGAGUAAGAGUUUUGGAUCUAUGAACAUGGACGAGCUUUUUAAGAACAUAUACGGUGAUAAUCCGGCGGCCGCCGAGAUCAUUCCCAACGCUGCUACCGGCCCCAGCAGUGGAGAUUGUGAAUCGAACGGUGGGAUUCCGAAUGUUGGCAACAAGUCGGUCGAAGAAGUUUGGAAAGAUAUUGUUGCCGGUUCUGGAAGUGGAGGCGUUGAUCGGAAAUUCAGAGGGGUUGAUGAUGGCCAGUUUUUUAAGGAGCCAGCGUAUGAGGAGAUGACUUUAGAGGAUUUUCUGGCGAAGGCUGGAGCUGUUACAGAGGAAGAUGUGAGGGUUACGCAGGUUGCGGGGCCAGCGCAAGGUAUUUUUCCUGUCGAUUCAAUGUUGAGUAAUCGAUUUCAGCAACCGCAGCAGCAGCAGCCACAGAUUGAUGGAUCGGUUGCUGUGUUUGGUAAUGGAGUGGAGAGAACAGGAGUAGGAAGGGGGAAGAGGCGAGUGGUGGAGGAGCCGGUUGAUAAGGUUACUCAGCAAAGACAGAAGAGGAUGAUUAAGAACAGAGAGUCUGCGGCUAGGUCGAGAGAACGGAAACAGGCCUACACGGUUGAGCUUGAAUCUCUCGUGUCACAACUUGAAGAGGAGAACGCUAUACUUUCCAGAGAGCAGGAAGAGGGGAAAAAGAAAAGGAUUAAGCAGCUCAUGGUAAAUGUGAUCCCAGUACUGGAGAAGCGUAGACCUCCACGUGUUCUUCGGAGAGUUCUGUCUAUGCAAUGGUAGGAAUGGUCCAGGAUGAAGGUAUUUCCUCCAUUGUGUAUAAGAAGAAGCUGAGUGUUCAACAUGAGAGAUUUGGAAGGCAAUUUCACUGACGCUGGACUGAGGUGUUCUUUCAUUCCUACUAUGCAUUGUUCCAAAGUAAUACUAACAUAUAAGAGCUGUCUAGUUUGUAGGGGGAAGGUAAAUAGAGAACCAUUUCAGUCAUAGAAACCUGUUUCCCCAUUUGUUACUGUGAGGGGAAGCAGUAAAGAAUGGAGUAAUAGAUUUUUGUUAUAUGUAUUAUUAUUAAAAUAUAUGGUUGUCUAAAAAUAAUUUCAGUUUA